UGAAGGCGGAGCUGCCGCCCGCCCGCCCGGGCCCGCACAUGCGCUACCGCCACAGCCUGGGCAUGGUGAGUGGCGGAGGCACGGCCUCGUCGUGCCUCGUCCCAUCCUGUCCUGUCCCUCCGGUGCUGCCCCGGGUGCGGUCCCCGGGCCCUGCCCACGGGCUGCAGCCGGCCCCCCGGCCGAGCCCGCGCCUCCUGAGGCGGCUGCGGGAGCCGGGCGGGUCCCGUGCGGCGCCCCGGGGGAGAGGUGCGCUGAGGCAACGGUUCACGUGCGCAGCAGGGCCGGUGCUCUUUGGCUGAAUCUGCAGGCAGAACUGGGGCUGGGCUGCGAACUCGGCAUCGCUGGAACUGACCAGAAAGUUGCAAACUGAUCAGAACAGACUGUAUAGUCAGUGGUUGCUUUGCCCGCAGCAUUCAUCAUGAUUACUCCAGCUUUUGAGCUGAGCCAGGAUCCAGAUUUCCUUACAAUAAUCAUUGAUGUACCUUAUGCAAGAGCUUCAGAGUUCGACUUGUACUUUGAAGGGGAAGACUUUAAAUUUUAUUCUAAGCCUUACUUUCUCAGGUUGACGCUUCCUGGAAGAAUUGUGGAAGAUGGCAGAGAAAAAGCAUCUUACAACGUAGACAAACGGACCUUGACAAUUCGAUUACCUAAGGAGAGUCCUGGGCAAUAUUUUGAAGGACUGGAUAUGGUAACAUCCCUUUUAGCACCAAAAAAAUCAAGAUCAGCAAAACAUUUAGUGGAGGAGAUAGGUGCCUCUGCUGUGUUGUCUGAGGAGGAGGAGGAAGAAGAAUUUGAAUGGGAAAUAGAGCAGACCCCUUAUAAAGAAACUGCAGAAAGCUUUCCAGCACUACAGUACUACUAUGGGUUUGGGAAUCUGCGUUCGGGGGUGUUCCAGCGGCUGCAGGAUGAACUCAGUGAUGUUGUAGACGUUAAGGAUCCAGACAAAACUCCAGUAUGUGAACGUAGGAAGGAACGCCUGGCAGCAGAAGCUGCUAAGUUUGAUUCUGAUCAUUACCUAGCUGACUUUUUUGAAGAUGAAGCUAUUCAGCAUGUUUUGAAAUACAAACCGUGGUGGGUUGAGGCUCAUGAAAAAAUGGUAGCCUUGCAGGGAGAAAGUCAUCAGAAACACGACAGCAAUGCAGUAGUUGUCUUCACUGAAGAAGAGAAAGAGCAGCUGAGAAGGUUCACAAAUAAAUCCUAUCUUCUGGAUAAAAGAAGCCGUCAUCACGUGUAUUUGAGCUUAAUUGAUAUCCUUCUGGCAUAUUGCUAUGACAUCUGUGUCAACGAAGGAGAACAAAAUGUUGAGUCAUCUUGGAAUGUCAGGAAACUGAGUGCUACAUUGUGCUGGCUGGAGUGUUUUUAUGACAUUCAUGAUGUUGUGGUAUGUUUUGGAAGACGAGUGCUCUGCUAUCCACUGCACAGACAUUUCGACUUGGUGACACGUGCCUUGAAUGAUACAGUCAUGAUACUACAACUAGGAAGAGCUGCGGUUUUGAAGUGUCUGCUGGACAUUCACAAGAUUUUUAGGGAGAGCGACCCUGCCUACCUCCUUAACGAUCUCUUCAUUACAGACUACUGCGUCUGGAUUCAAAAAACCAAGUCAAAAAAGUUGGCUGCACUUUCUGAAUCCUUGCAGAAAACCGCACUGGCUAAGUCCCACCUCGGAUUUGAGCUGGAAGAGCUGGAAGCAGCAGCGCUGCUGGUACAAGAAGAGGAGAGACACUUGAAAGCUGCUGCUGCAGUUUCCAGGCAACAGCUGCCUUCCUCUGAGUCGGAGACAAGUGACUCUGAAGAAUCGAGCAGCACUUCAUCUGAGACAGAAGGCUCUGAUUCAGAUGAGCAAGAGUCCUCAGCCGGUGAAGAUGGGAAAAUAAAUUCUUCACAAGGCGUGCUUCAAGAGGAGGGGACAGCUCCACUUAUUGACUGUAAUGGAUUAAGGCAAGUCGCAAACACUUCGAUGGUUGAGGUUAGUGAUGAAAAAUCAAAGGCUUCUUUGCAAUCUAUGUCUGUUCCUGGAAAAUUGAUAGAAGAAUUAGAAAAGCAAAUGCACACUGCAAUUAGUCUUUCAGAACAGCCUGAAGAACUGGCUGCUGCAAGUUGCUUUGCUUUACGGGAACAAGAAGAAAACCAUGUGUCUGAACCUGACAAGUAUUCGGAAGCUUCUACUGGGAAGGGAAAUUUCUUGGAGGUGCCUUCAAAGACAAAUCCUUUGCUUUUUCUUUGCAGUACAAAUGAAGAUGAAGACUAAGGGACCAUGUUAGAGCAGUGUGACCCAAUAGCAACACAGCUUGGUGCUGUAAUGAGGUGUUCCCAAGGCUAUGCUGAGCUGCAGAGAGAAGCUGAUAUUUUUCUUCUUUGUGUUGACAGUCUGGAGGACAAGACUGCUUUGAAAAGAAUGGAUGUGAAUGUAUGAUAGCCUCACUUUUUUAUUUUUCUUCUUUGGUUUUACAGAGUCAGGUUUGAUCUCUACAUGAGGGAACAGUGUAAUUUCAGGGAACUUUUAUAUUAAAAAAAAAAAGUUUUUGCUUUAAAAAAAAAGUUUUUGUUAAGCUUGUUUAGUAGAAUUAUGUCCUUAAUCACAACUGAAGUCAGUUGCAGACUCAUUAAAGAUACCUUUAGAUGUUGGCAUUUACUUGGAGAAAUACUCCUGUUACGUUUGUAUUUCAUGUUUUCUGCUAUUUUCAUUUUGAAAUGGUUCGUAGCUAACCACUUCAAAAAUGGUUAUAAUGUUAAAAAUGUAAAUUCUGUUAAUAAGAUGUUUCUAUUUUUGUGCGAAAAUAAAGGCAAAUUUUUCAGUGCAA